AUGUUUUUUAAAAUUGUCGAUGACAUCGAGGCGAAUUUUUCAUAUUUUCAAGACGGGAUCGAUGCACGUGGGAGAAGUAGUUUCAAGCCGCUCCAAAAAGUCGCCUCGGCCGUACGCCAACUCGUAAUAGGCAAUCCGCCCGACGAGUAUGAUGAGUACUUACAUAUGGCUGCUCAAACCGGGCACGAGUCCCUUGAUCAUUUUUGUGACGCCAUCAUUAAGUUGUAUGGUUGUGAGUACUUACGUAGGCCUACUCAACACAACGUGGCUUGUAUUUUCCAAGCACACGAAGAGCGCCAUCACAUGCUGGGGAUACUUGGUAGCAUCGAUUGUACACAUGUCGAGUGGUUAAAUUGUCCUAGACACUUGAAAGGACAAUAUGCGAGAGGCGACCAUGGCGUUCCCACUAUUAUGCUUGAGAUAACCGCUUCUCAAGAUACGUGGAUUUGA